AUCUUCUCCAUCGUGGUGUUUGGCUCUAUCGUGAACGAGUGCUACGUGAACAAGGACAGCCAGAACCCCGAGCUGCUCUGCAUCUUCAAUGAGAAUGAGAGUGCCUGCAGCUACGGCAUCGCCGUUGGCAUCAUUGCCUUCUUUGGCUGUAUCUUCUUCUUUGUCGUGGACCUCUACUUCCAGCAGAUCAGCAGCGUGAAGGACCGCAAACGGGCCGUCCUGCUGGACCUCGGCUUUUCAG